GUUUAUUGUUAAGGGUGCCAUUUUCCCGUAAGGUUUUCUGGAGAAGUGUUUUGGGUACAUGUAUUCUUUCACGAGCAUAAGACAUUGCCUGAGUUCGUGGAGGCUUGCAAUAUCAUUCUAUUCAUACUACCAAUUGACGGGCCGGUGCGGCUAUCUCAUACUCAGUGUGAGACUUAAAUUCUUAGCGGAGCUUUCUCUAUGUCUGGCGCAUCUCAACAUUGUUGGGUCGUGGCUUUGAGAAAUAUCGUAGAUAUUAAUAAAAGGGCUGAUUUAAUAUUUCUGGUUGACGCAAAUAUUAGUUGAUGCUCUGGCAAUUCGUGGAAUGGUGUUGCUCUAUGUGUGAAGCUUGAUGUUGAAAGAAGACUGCUGCCGAGUUGUUUUGCUGAAGCGCCUCCCAACGCUGAAGCAAAUUAUAUCUUGAAACUGGUGUCCGGAAUAUCACUACGGGAGACUUUGCCUUGCAGACCAAUCAUUAACUGUGCUUGAUCAUUCUUUUCCCUUGUCGUGGAUGCGAGCUGCUCAGAAUUUCUGCGAGCUGAUUAUAUAUUGAUGAUUGUGUGUAUUGGCUGCUGUAUCGAUUAAGGGGUUGGUCCGAUGGUGAAAGCUUCAUCAAUCUGGAGCAGAUUGGAUGUGUUGCUAAUUGCUAUAGCAGCAAUUCACGUGUUCUUGGCUCCAUACACGAAGGUUGAAGAGAGCUUCAAUGUGCAGGCAAUGCACGAUAUCUUAUAUCAUCAUCGACACCUAGAAAAGUAUGAUCACUUUGAAUAUCCAGGAGUUGUCCCGCGCACUUUUAUAGGUGCUUUUGCUGUAUCUCUUUUGGCAUCACCAUUUGUAGCAGUCAUCAAAGCUUCCAAAUUACCAAAAUUGUAUGGCCUCUUAAUUGUUCGUCUUGUAUUGGGGAGCAUCGUUCUCGCAUCUUUGCAUCAUUUCCGCAUGCAGGUUAGGAGGAAAUUUGGUGAACAAAUAUCUUGUUUCUUUGCAAUAAUGACUGCAUUGCAGUUUCAUCUUUUAUUUUACUGCACACGACCACUUCCAAAUAUUUUCUCUCUGGCUAUAGUGAUCAUGGCGUAUGCUUUCUGGAUAAAUGGACAACAGUUUGCAACAUUGAACUGCCUGGUUUUUGCUACCAUUGUGUUCCGAUGUGACACGGUAUUGCUUUUAGGUCCAAUUGGUUUACAACUUCUGUUGACUAGACAGAUUACAUUAUGGGACGCCAUACGGUGCUGUGCAGUGACAUCUCUUUUGAGCAUAGGAUUUACAGUCUUUGUUGACUCGAUUAUGUGGAAAAGGUUUUUAUGGCCUGAAAUGGAGGUUUUAUGGUUUAAUUCUGUCUUGAAUCGCAGCUCUGAAUGGGGUGUGUUUCCUGUUCAUUGGUAUUUUACUUCAGCACUUCCAAGAUCAUUGUUGGUGGCUUUCCCACUGUGCUUUGUAGGCAUAAUAUUUGAAAGAAGGAUGCAACAGUAUGUACUACCCAUCUUGGCUUUUAUUGUACUUUACUCGAAACUUCCACACAAGGAGCUCCGAUUCAUUAUAUCUGCUAUUCCCAUGCUCAAUCUUUCAGCAGCAGUUGCAGCUACACGAAUUUGGAAUAAUAGGAGGAAAAGCUUUUGGAAGUGGGCAUAUAUUGCCAUGAUUGGCUCUCUCUUAGCAAGUUUAGGAUUCUCUAUUACAAUGAGUGUUGCUUCUUAUGCAAACUAUCCAGCUGGGUAUGCGUUAAAUGCUCUGCAUAAUAAAGAUUUACACCCUAACACAUCUUAUACCCGUGUGGUUCACAUUGAUACAUAUGCGGCAAUGAAUGGAAUUUCUCGGUUCUGUGAAAAGGAAUUUCCUUGGAGAUAUUCCAAGGAAGAGGAUCUUUCUUUUGAAGAAAUUAUUGGUAGAAAUUUUACAUAUCUCAUCACUGAACAUCAAAGAAUACCUAGCUUUCAAUGUUUACUGGCUAUUUCUGGAUUUAGUAGGCCAACUAUUCAACUCUCUUUUCCACCUGUAGUACUGAUAACUCAGCCCAAAGUGUUUGUCCAUGGCAAUAUACACAGUAAAGUGGUUAAGGAGAUGAAAUGGCUAGGUUGCCCCUCACAAAGAAGAUUGUGAACGCAUUUGACAGGAAAUAAACAUAUUCAGACAUGACAAUUUUUUCGUUGACUUGGUUUUUCAAAUGUGGAGCGUUCAUGUCAAGGAAUCUUCAUCAAAGACAACAGAGAUAUUUAAGGUGGAUAAUAACCAUUGAAUAAUGUCCAUGAUAACAAUGAAUCAUUGCAAAACGAUUUUGAGAUAUUGCCGAUUAAAACCAGCAUAUAUGAAUCCAGUUAAUGUCAUUGAAUGUUGUAUUUUUACUUUUAGCAUUGGCUGGGGAAAUAUGAGAGACCUCUAAAGGUGACAUACUAAAUUUUUUUCAGCAAAAUGAAAUCUGCCUUCGUACAUGAGCAUAGCAAUAAUGUCUCAAAGCAAAAAGGCAAUACUUUUGAUGUUAGUACGAAAAGGGUAUCUAUAAUAAUUAUAAACAAAUUGCCAGACCAUGGUUUUGCCCUGGCAUUGGCUGA